AAUUAUACGUAAAAUUACUAUUUUAAUACUAGAGGUUGAUUUUUAAGGGUCAAAAUGGACGCUUACGAUAAAUUAGAAAAAAUUGGAGAAGGAACAUAUGGUGUUGUGUAUAAAUGUAUUGAACGAUCAUCUACAGAAAUUGUUGCUGUAAAAAAGAUUCGCAUGGAAAUAGAAGAUGAAGGCAUACCAUCUACAGCUAUCCGAGAAAUUACUAUUUUAAAGGAACUCAAUCACCCAAAUAUUGUGAAUUUAAGAGAAAUUCUUAUGGAUGAUUCAAGAUUAUAUCUUGUAUUUGAGUUUGUUCCUAUGGAUUUAAAAAAGUUCAUUGAUACAAGGCCAAAAAAACAUUUAGAUGAAAUUACUACAAAAUCAUUUACUUAUCAGCUGUUAGUUGCUAUAUAUUUUUGCCAUGUAAGACGAAUAUUGCAUAGAGAUCUGAAGCCACAGAACAUUUUAAUUGACACUAAGCACAAUAUAUUAAAAGUUGCUGAUUUUGGCUUGGGUCGUACUUUUGGUUUACCAAUAAGUGUUUUUACACAUGAGGUUGUAACUUUAUGGUAUAGAGCUCCUGAAGUAUUACUAAAUACUCAACGUUAUGGUUGCCCAAUUGAUGUUUGGUCUAUAGGAUGUAUAUUUGCUGAAAUGGCACAAGGGAAGCCAUUAUUUCAGGGAGAUUCAGAAAUUGAUCAAUUGUUUCAUAUUUUCAGGAUUUUAACUACUCCAAAUGAAGACACAUGGCCAGGAGUUUCAGAACUUAAAGAUUAUAAACCAACAUUCCCAAAAUGGAGUGAAUCCAUAUUAAAGGAUUCAAUUAAAAACCUCAACUCUGAUGGAAUAGACUUGAUACAGCAAAUGUUGAUUUAUGAUCCAAGUAAAAGAAUCAAUGCAAGAGAUGCACUUCAGCAUCAUUAUUUCAAGGAUUUAAACAAAACCAUUUUACCAGCUUUACCAAAUAUGAAAUUUUAAAUAUUUACUCGAUUAAUUAAUUAAU